AUGGGAUCGAUCCGAGCAUCUACAGCCGCCACGCUGACCUUCCCCGAUACAUCAGGCAAGUGGGUAGCUCAGCCAAGCAGAGGGGGGAUGAGUGAAGCAGAGGUGCACGAGGAGGGCAGCAGCAGUCCCAACCGAGCUUUCUUCUCCUCUUCCUUCCUCCUUUCCCUUCGUCCCCUCCGUCCCCUUGAUCCUAUCAGGCUGGGGGGGGGGCUGAGUGAAGCAGAGGCGGAAGAAGUGAAGGAGGAGCUUGCAGGGCUGAUGGGAAGGGGGCUGAGUGAAGCGGAGGCGGAAGAAGUGAGGGAGGAGCUUGCAGGGCUGAUGGGAAGUGGAGGAACUUCAUUCGCUGCUGUUUCUCCUCUUUCAUAUCCUUCUUCCCUUUCGUCCCUUCUGCCAGGCUGCGAGGGGGGCUGGGUGAAGCAGAGGUGGAAGAAGCUGCGAGGGGGGCUGGGUGAAGAAGAGGUGGAAGAAGUGAAGGAGGAGCUUGCAGGGCUGUUGCUGGGGAAAGAAGGAAUACCAGCAGCAGGCAUGGUGGCAGUACCAUGGCUGAAGGGAUUCUUCUCUCUCCCAGGAGAUUUCAACAUUUCGGGCACCACUGUGUAUAAGAGAGGCCAGAUAUUUGGCAUGGAUGGUGCAUCAGGAGCAGCAGUGGCAGCGCUGCAGCUAUCCCCGUCAGACCACGUCCUCGACCUCUGUGCUGCCCCAGGUGCCAAGCUCUGCUUGAUUUUGGAUGGGCUCUCUUCUGCCCCUUGUACAGCGAGAGAUGAUGAUGGUGCUCACAGCUCAGUUCCGCUCAACAGCAGCCCUGCUCCUAGAAGCACGAGCGCUCCUGCUGUAAUGGGGACUGUGACAGCAGUGGACGUCUCCCCGGCCCGCCUGGCUGCGUGUCGCACACUGCUGCAGAAGCACCGGCUGACAGACAGGUGCCGGUUAUUCCUUGGGGAUGCCACUGCCUUCCGCCUUGGGCCUCCUGUGGCUAAGGCAGGUACGGAACUAGGAUUGGGAGUAGGAUCAGUUGGAGUGGGUUCAAUAGGAGUGGGUUCAAUAGGAGUAGGUAGGGCAGCAGUGAAAGAAGGGGCGCUGGUGGAUGGUAGCAACAGUGAGGGGAUAUUAGAGAGAAGGGAAGAGGAGGUAAGAGAGGAGCUGGAGGGAGUGGAGGGAGAAGAGAUGGAGGAAGGAGAGGAGAUGGAGGAGGUAGUGGAGAGAGCAGAGGGAGAGGAGAGAGGGGUGAGGGGACGAGAGCAGCAGGAGGGGGGGGGAGUGAGGAGGAGGAAGCGGACGAGGAAGGAGAGGAGGAGAGCAAAGCACCUCCGCAUGUUUGAGUUGGCUUGUCAGGACUCUGUAGCUGCUGCUGCUGCUUCUUCUGCUACAGCUGGUGUUGCUGCUGAAGUAGGCGGUGCUGCUGCUACAGCUGAUGCGGCUGCUACAGCAACAGCAGCACCAUUGCUAGCAUCAGCACCAGGAUCGGGAGCAUCAGCAUUGGAAUGGCAGAGAGGGGAGCGGCCGGAACUGUUUUUUGUGGGGCGGACUGCUUGGCAGUGGUGGGACACGGGUGCUGGGUGCGGCAAGGAGGGCUACGAUAAGGUGAGUCAGUAA